CCCGUCUCAACGUUCGAACUCCUUUAUUAGGACAAGAGGAAACGGCUUCUACAAAAAGUGGCACGAAUUUGCUUCAAGAAGUUUGGAUCCUUUUGCGUACUCCUGCACUUUACGCCAUUUCAGUCACUUAUGUCUUUUUCGACUAUUCGAAUAUAGUGAUUAUGAACAAUGUGGUCGCCUAUGCCGUGGACAAGGGCUCGCCGCUGCCACUUGCCGAUUCGCUCAUCAUGUACGCCGCAGUGUCAGGCGUUGUUGGCCGCCUGUCUCUGCCACUGGCUUCCGACACGCUCGGCCUGAGCAGGGACGUCUUCGUGGCAUCCAACCUUCUGGUCAUGGCCCUGUGCCUGGCGUUGCUGGCCGAGGUGGCUGCGCAUGCGCUUGUCACAGUGCUGGUCGUUGGUGUGAGCUUGGCAGCAGGCAGCGUGCUGUCCAUGAAGCCCGUGCUCGUGGCGGAGUACGUGGGCGUCCGCAUGAUGACGGCCACCUGGGGAGUCAUGGGCGUCCUCAUGGUGCCGCUGUUGCUGACGGGUCCCUUAAUUGUGGGGUUCUUCCGAGACGGAAAGGGCUCCUUCGACAACCUCUACAGGCUGCACUCGGCACUAAACCUGUUCAUUGCGUUGAUCCUCUUCGUCCUGGCGUUCCACAGAAAAAUUCACAGAAAGAAAAGUGCUGACGAAGGGAAAUAA